AAAUGUUUUUAAAAAAGCUUGUUGUCUUUGAAAUGUGGUUACGAGAUUCACGUGGCUGUGCUUCCUCCAGUAGUUUUCCCCUGCAGCAGGUGCUGUAAUGAGGCCCAGGUGGCAGCAGCGUGGCCGGCUGGCUGGUGCGCGGACGCACGCACGGACGCACGGACGGACACCGGUCAUGCCAUUUUCCAUGCGCCUUGCUGGGGGCGAGUGUGCGCCCCACGCGCAGAGGGAGAGGGAGAGAGAGAGAGGGGGGCAGCUAUUUUGAAAGUGACCCCCUCAGUCAGGCAGCGACUCUGCAGCUGUCAGGAACUAUGACUGAAGAUGACGGAUUCUGUUGUCGUGGAGGGAUAUGCCAGACUCCGAGAUGGGAAAAAGUGGAAAACUAGGUGGCUGGUUCUUCGCAAGCCGUCGCCUGUAGCAGACUGCCUCGUGCUGCUGGUUUUUAAAGACAAGUCGGACAAAGCGCAGGGCCACAAGGAGAAAGCCAGUGUCACCUUGGAGGAGAUCUGCGGCCUGGAGGCAGGACAGUGGUACGAGGGUGUGGCUUUCACUCUGGUGAUCCUCUGCCUCAACCAGGCUGCUCUGCUGGGUUUCGACAGCCGGGAGGCCCUGCAGGCGUGGGACGCCCGCCUACGAUACAGCCUCGGAGAGGUUCACAGAUUCAGUGUUGGAGUCUUACCAGGGACCAAGUUGGAGAGCGGACCUGCAACUCUUCAUUUGUGCAACAACCUGCUGGCUCUUGCCCGGGACGUCCCCCCAGUCAUUAUCGGCCACUGGAACCUUCCAGACCUGCGCAGAUAUGGACCUGUACCCAAUGGCUUUGUGUUUGAGGGAGGAACACGAUGUGGCUACUGGGCCGGUGUUUUUCUGCUGGCAUCUGCUGAGAGCGAGCAGAUCAGCUUUCUGUUCGACUGCAUCGUCAGGGGCAUCUCCCCCACCAGAGGCCCUUUUGGACUGCGGCCAGUUUUGCCAGAUCCCAGUGCCAGCCAGACCAAUGUGGAGGAGAAGCUGAACCAUGAAACCCAGGAGCUGGAGAAACGUCUGAGCAUGCUCUCUCACCGGAGCAGCACAGCCUCGUCCACGUACUGCCCGUCCGCCGGCGGAGACGACCGCAGCAUAUCCGGCUCCUCCGACACUUCAGACACCAGCCAAUCGGACUGCAGCAUUGGCAGCCGGCUGGCCAUUUGGACUGAGCCGGCGUCCGCUCUGUCCGAAAACGUCCACCAUGCGGCCGCCAAAGUGGCACCGCCGAGCGCGGAGAAGCUUUCAGUCAGCCCGGGAGCUGGAAGUCGGCCCGCGACCAAGCCCCCCCGGCAGCUUCAGGAAAUCGGCCGCCAGAGUUCAUCCGACAGCGGCAUCGCCACCGGCAGCCAUUCCUCUUACUCUGGAAGUUUCUCCUCCUACACGGGCAGCCUGGAUAUCACCUCUGGGGAGGACUUUGGGUCCGUUUUCAGUUUGCCUCCCCACUUGGCUCAAGACCUGAGUCCUUGUACUUGCCCCAGUGUUCCUGGACAUGAGUACCUGGUACCAACAUCACUAAGGUAUCUCUAUGACACUCCUCGGAGUCUUUUACAAGACGGCAAUGUGGGCGGCGAACCCUCCACACCAACUAAAGACCCUUCCGCACUGUCGGGCCUCACAACGGAGUCAGCAAAGGGGGACAAAGACAGUAUCACGAGUUGUGAGGGUCCCUCAGACACUACUGAUAGGCGAUCAAUAACAGAACAGGGCCCUUCAGAGGAGAGUAGAAACAACAAGGCGCUGCCCUCCAGUGAACAUCCCGACUCCUGUCACAUCUGCAGCUCCGUCACAUCUGUCCCCAAAACCAUCGUCGCCAUCUGCUCAGUGUGUGGUGGCUUUAAGUGGACACCGUGCAUUCCUUCAAGUGGUUCCACGCCAGCUGCCAUACCAGCAGAUCAAAGUGUUGACAAAUCGCCAUGCCGACCCGGCACUGCCACAGAAUACUGCGUCACAGUGAAGAAAGUUCUUGAGAGAUCCUGGGCCUCUUCUGGCUCCGGACGCGUCCACGAGAUGAGGGAGGAUUCGCCGCUGCCAAAAAAGGGAAGAGAGAAACUAUCCAGUCUCUUAGCUGAUCUGCUCGGCUUUCCAAGUGCAGACAAGCAGCCCGAUGAAACAAAGGCAAGCGGACUGAGCUUGUACGAGUCAAUGAGCUCUGCUUUUGGAAAUGAGCUCAAAUCCACACCGACUGGCACCGGUGCACCGUUGCAGGACUCGCAGCAAGACGCAAGAGCUGCCAUUUAUGAAAACUGUUUGAAGUGUCAAAGGGAGCACUGCCACCCUCCUGCCCGGGUCGCACCUGCCCAAAUGCACCGCAACAGGAGCGACCCCACGUUCCACAGCCUCCCAUCUGGCCUGCGACUGAGGAAAAGCCAUGAACACGAAGUGGCUGUCAAUGAGGCACUGCUCCACCGAGGUCACGGUGAUGGAUCGCAGAGCGCGGACGGCCUCUGUCGUUCUGAAGAGAUGAAUGGUCGCCCCUUGGUGACCAUGGAAGACAAAAGGCUUAAUAGCAAAGAGGAAAGACGCAGAGCUGAUCCUGCUUAUGCGAUUAUGGAGAAUCGGGCGCCAGAGAGGAACUCCGAGGCAGAGGAAAAAAGCAAGUACGAGCUGAUGGGCAGCUGUGGCCCGCAGAGGUUCCUUCCGGAGACCGAAGGGGCGGUGUUCGUUUUCCCCCCCGAGAGGCCUUGCAGCGACGGGGUGACCUACGUGAAUAUUCCCGUCAGCCCCGCGUCCAAGAAGCAACUCAACUACAUGGAGCUGGAGCUGCAGGAGCCGGGGCCCGGCCCCCGGGGGACACUCGCACAUCUACCGGCUCAGGGGAAGAGCUCCACCAAGUACGCCCAGAUCGACAUCACUGCCACGGAGACGGCCCACAAAGUUGGCACGCAGCACGCGCUGGGUCGGCAGGAGGGCCUGCUCACUCUGGAGCUGAGAAGGAAGGCGACGCCACAUUGAGUCCUUCAGCUCUCAAACGCUUUUGCCCAAAAGACUGUCCCAGUAAGAUCUCCAGGGAUUUCUUCUCUCCGUUCUUUUCCACCGUUUCCAUGCAGAUUUUAGUUUGAGCCACCCUGCGUCUACGCAAAUGCCAUCUGCCCAAUGCCCCCUCAGAUUCCAACUCGUUCCUCUUUUCGCAAGGCAACAUUGAGAUGGAGCCUCCCUGGGAAAGUCUGACACCGGAUCAGGAGCAACAUUUCAAUCUCGAUCUCCUUUGGGGCAUCUCAUUAAAUGACAUUAUGUCAGCGCCGGGGCCUCGGGCGACGUGCCAGUCCUGAGCUCUGACGAAACCCCCUCAGCAGAGGCAUUUCACAGCUCACUCAGGCCGUCCCUAAUGAGACAGAGUGCCGCUUCCGUCCAUGUUUGGGAACGAGGCAGGGUGGUGGCAGAGAUGUUUAUUCCCCCGAGGAGUUCACACCCAGUAAUUCCACAUUCAGUUGCCAGAGCUCUUCAAUGUAUUCACAUUUAGGGGGAAACCUUUCAUCCAGUCUUACUCAGAACUAGCCAGAAAUGUGCAGCAUACUCUGAUAAACCUGCUCUAAAUGUUUUUAACAAUGGUUCCAUGUUGCGCAUAACAACCUUUGUUCGCCAGGGUGUGACUAAUGGAUUUGUUUUUAACAUAUGCUGCUAUCGUUUCUUCUUUUUCUGCUUCACAGUUCACAUAGACCGGGAUUUACUGUGGGAAAUUGUCUUCAUAAAUAACGUGAAGCAGAGAGGAUGCUGAAAAUCUCUGCAUAUUCAUCAUUACUCAAAUAACAGACGUUUCAUCCUGUCUAUAAGUAUUCCUCAACACUUUUACUGAAACUGUAAUUUUGGUUUGUGUGGUGUGGAGCGACUCAUCUUAGUCAUUAUACUGUUUUUGAUAUCUGUAAAUAUUUGUGCCUCUAUUUAGGUGAUAUGGAUUAUAUAUCCUAAGACAUACAAUUUAUGUACAGUAAAGAUGUAAGGCGCAAUCUUUCCUUGUAAAUUAUUUAUAACUUUAGCCACUGUUUGUGUGUUCAGUUGUAAACCAGUACAGUAUGUUGUUCCAUAUAAAACUGCCUGAAGUGCUCUU